AUGGCUUCAAAAACGUGUGUCUCGUGUCUACGGAUACUCCAGCGUCAAUCGCGAUUUGUUACUCGGACGCAAACCCCAGCGACGAGAUUCACAACUCCAUCCAGAGCGUUCACAACCACUCACAAACGUUUUGCUAUACUUGACCCAGAUCAAGACAAUCCCACCACGCCUAAUACCUCGAUACCACCUGUCACACCCAAACACACAAAGCAAGGUACUAUCACAGCCAAUGGUUCAACAGUAACCGACUCCCCAGCCGUAGCUGCCGCGAAAGCCCCUUCACCAUCAUAUCCAAAAGGUGGAGUGAUCGGGACAUACACAGCAUACGGAGCGACAGAGGAGCUGUAUAAGGAAUGUGCACGACAUGCAGACUACACGAUACCACAGGCGCAGGAUAGUGAUUCCGAAAUGCCCAAGACCGAGGACGGGGAAGAUCUAGGAGUUGGGGAAGGCUGGUGGCAUACUGAAACCGGUUUGAACCCCACAUUCAGCACUUGGUCGCAAGUAACAAUGCUGCACGUCUACCUUCUUACUGUACGGUUCCGCUGUUUCGACCCGAGCAUAGCCAGAGUCUGGCAGCAACAUAUCCUCGAUCACUUCUUUUUCGAUGCCGAAAACAAGAUGGUGCUGAACCAUGGGAUGAACGCGCGUGGCACACGAAACAAAUACCUGAAGGAUCUCUUUAUCCAGUGGAGAGGUGUGCUUGCAGCAUACGAUGAGGGAAUAGCAAAGGAUGAUGCUGUUUUAGCAUCUGCGGUAUGGAGGAACGUUUUCAAAGCUAGCGAAAACGUCGAUAUCAAGCGGCUCGCGCAAAUUGUCAGCUACAUGAGAAGGGUACUAGCGGGAUUGGAUUCUGCAGAUGAUGAGACGGUUAUGAAAGCGAUGAUGACAUUCGGCAGCCCAGAGUCAGAGGGUGGAUUGGUGGCAUUCAAAAGCAAGAUGAUGGACACGCCGUUUGAGAAUGCGCCUCCGACACGAUUGCCUGCUAAGGAGCAGAAAUAA